GUAUCCCUGGGGCCAAGAGUACAGGCUUUGGGGACAGACAGACCUGGGUCCCAAUCUAUGCUUUGUCCCUUCGGCACAUUGUUGACUGUGGCCGGUGGCUUCGUGGCUCUGAGCUUGUCUCCUUCUCUAUAAAUGAGGAAACAUAAUACCUGCGACGAUGACGUCUGUAAAGCUUAAGCACAGGACCUGGCAUAGAUCUGCAAGGCGGAAACCUGGGAUACAGAACUAAGGUCUAUGGAUCUCCUGUGCAACCCAACUUCUGGGCACUCGCUGCCUCCUUUUCCCCAGCCCAGACGCGUGGGUUCUACUCGAUUGGUUGCUCACUGCGGGCUCGGGGCUCCUCAAUCCCGGGGUAAAGCCCAGUAUGAAAUGUCACCUUCAGGGGCAGCUCGGAUCUUCCCACGCCCGCGCGGCGCACAAUCUUGGGAUCAGCGCCACGUGGAGACCUUACCCGCCCGUACGAUCAAUCCCUUCUGUGGAACCCAGCUCAAGGACCCUCCAGCCCAGACACUAGAAAGCGAAGAGCAGUUGGCCGCCAGACUGUCCGUGCCAGAGCUCUGCGAACUUACUCCGUUGAAAGAGCAACGGGGCUGCGCCACCUCCCGGAGAGAACCCCCAGCCCUCCACGGCAGGGCGAGAUGGCGCCAUCGCGUGAUACUGCGCACGCGCACAGCUCCCGUCCCGCCCUCGCGCCUGCGGGUACGGACAGCGCAUGAGCUUAUGUUGAGGGCGGAGCCCAGACCAGCCCUUCGUCCUAUCCUGCCCUUCCAGCACCUCUCAGCGGUAACUUAAACUACACUUCCCAGAAGCCUCCUCAGCCAGGGACUUCCGUUGUCGUCAGCGGAAGCGGUGACAGAUCAUCCCAGGCCACACAGAGGCCGGCUUGGUCACUAUGGAGGAGAUAGGCAUCUUGGUGGAGAAGGCUCAGGAUGAGAUCCCAGCACUGUCCGUGUCCCGGCCCCAGACCGGCCUGUCCUUCCUGGGCCCUGAGCCUGAGGACCUGGAGGACCUGUACAGCCGCUACAAGAAGCUGCAGCAAGAGCUGGAGUUCCUGGAGGUGCAGGAGGAAUACAUCAAAGAUGAGCAAAAGAACCUGAAAAAGGAAUUUCUCCAUGCCCAGGAGGAGGUGAAGCGAAUCCAAAGCAUCCCGCUGGUCAUCGGACAAUUUCUGGAGGCUGUGGAUCAGAAUACAGCCAUCGUGGGCUCUACCACAGGCUCCAACUAUUAUGUGCGCAUCCUGAGCACCAUCGAUCGGGAGCUGCUCAAGCCCAAUGCCUCAGUGGCCCUCCACAAGCACAGCAAUGCACUGGUGGACGUGCUGCCCCCCGAAGCCGACAGCAGCAUCAUGAUGCUCACCUCAGACCAGAAGCCAGAUGUGAUGUACGCGGACAUCGGAGGCAUGGACAUCCAGAAGCAGGAGGUGCGGGAGGCCGUGGAGCUCCCGCUCACCCAUUUUGAGCUCUACAAGCAGAUCGGCAUCGAUCCCCCCCGAGGCGUCCUCAUGUAUGGCCCACCUGGCUGCGGGAAGACCAUGUUGGCAAAGGCGGUGGCACAUCACACAACAGCUGCAUUCAUCCGGGUCGUGGGCUCAGAGUUUGUACAGAAGUAUCUAGGUGAGGGCCCCCGCAUGGUCCGGGAUGUGUUCCGCCUGGCCAAGGAGAAUGCACCUGCCAUCAUCUUCAUAGACGAGAUUGAUGCCAUUGCCACCAAGAGAUUCGAUGCUCAGACAGGGGCCGACAGGGAGGUUCAGAGGAUCCUGCUGGAGCUGCUGAAUCAGAUGGAUGGAUUUGAUCAGAAUGUCAAUGUCAAGGUAAUCAUGGCCACAAACAGAGCAGACACCCUGGAUCCGGCCCUGCUACGGCCAGGACGGCUGGACCGUAAAAUUGAAUUUCCACUUCCUGACCGCCGCCAGAAGAGAUUGAUUUUCUCCACUAUCACUAGCAAGAUGAACCUCUCUGAGGAGGUUGACUUGGAAGACUAUGUGGCCCGGCCAGAUAAGAUUUCAGGAGCUGAUAUCAACUCCAUCUGUCAGGAGAGUGGAAUGUUGGCUGUCCGUGAAAACCGCUACAUUGUCCUGGCCAAGGACUUCGAGAAAGCAUACAAGACUGUCAUCAAGAAGGACGAGCAGGAGCAUGAGUUUUACAAGUGACCCUUCCCUUCCCUCCACCACACCACUCAGGGGCUGGGGCUUCUCUCGCACCCCCAGCACCUCUGUCCCAAAACCUCAUUCCCUUUUUUCUUUACCCAGGAUUGGUUUCUUCAAUAAAUAGAUAAGAUCGAA